GUAAUCCUUGCUGAACUCUUGUGACUAGUAAACCUGUUAUGGAGCUGGAACUGUUACAGACAGAACUAUAGAACCGCUCCGUAUAGUAGCAAGUUACUACUAGUAACACCUGUUGGACCAGUUACUCUUCCAAGGUCAGCUGAAGUUCAACUACUUUCGUUUGUCAACUCCCGUGCUCCAGUUCGGGUGUGUCAACAUUUCCAGAAUGGUCACUUGAAAUAUGAGGCACAGGAAUACAUGCCUGUCCAUCCUGUGUUUGAGUUUGCUGUUCUUUCUAUAUCUAAGUUACAUCAAGCACAGUGCAAAUGACAACUUGGUCUAUCUUCCUAACAUCGGCUACAUUGGUAGAGAAGAAGAACUCCUUGACCUCCGCAACUUCAACUACAUCCUCAAAGGUAAACCGUGUGAAAGAAAUAUCACACACGUCCAGAUAGUCACAUCUUACUCUGGAAACGUAGAAGCCAGAAGCGCCAUCAGAAGAGCCUAUCCUUCCUCUGAUCUGAAUAGGUUAGGCAUUUCAAGAGUUUUUCUACUGGCAACGCUUCCGCCUUUCCAUGAAGUCAGUCAAAAUGCCCUUGUCGACGAGAAUAAAAAAUAUUCUGAUCUGGUUCAGGGGAAUUUCGUUGAAUCUUACAGAAACCUCACUUACAAGCACCUUAUGGGUCUUAAAUGGGCGACAAAAUAUUGUAAAAACGUUAAAUUUGUCAUAAAAACUGAUGAUGAUAUUCUAGUUGACUUGUACAGCCUGUUGGACAUUAUUGAAAAUAAGAAAUUCCAACUUAUGGGCUACGUUCUCAAAGAUAUGAGGCCCAUUCGAGUCAAGGCAAACAAGUGGUAUGUGACAAGAAAUGAAUACCCAGAUGAAAAUUAUCCUUCUUUCCUUUCUGGUUGGAUGUACGUGGUGACACUUGAAGCAGUGAAAAAGCUUCUUAGCCAUGCUAGAGAUUUCAAUUAUUUCUGGAUUGAUGAUCUGUUUGUCACAGGGAUGGUGUCUCAGAAAUCUAAUGUUACUCUGUCAGAUAUUAGUGAAUUGUUCACUGUUCAUCCUGAAGUAACAGAGUGUUGCAUGAGAAAAGGUCUGAAGUGCGAUUUCAUUGUAUCGCCAGAUGGUGGAGACCAUUCUCUUCAGUUGACGUUUCAGAAACAUGUCAGGCAUUGCUAUGUCAACAGUUGUCCAACUCUGAAGCCAGGUACUAAAAUUGAAGACAAGUGUGUAGCAAAACGCAAGCUGCCACCUCUCCGUAAAGGUUUUCCAAAAAUAACGGUUGUACAAUAAAUUUAACAGUGCAAUAUAUAUCUAUUAAUUAACAAAAUACUUUUUUAACAACCUGAAUUAAAUGGUUUGAAAAUCAUUUGACUGAUUUGUAAAGUUAUUAAAUGUACAUAAAAAAGUUUAUUUUUACUAAUAAAUUAUAUUUUCUAUAAAUUA